AUGGGUAUUCUAGAAAAGAUAUCAGAGAUUGAAAAAGAAAUCGCCCGAACGCAAAAAAACAAAGCCACUGAAUAUCACUUGGGGCUACUAAAAGCUAAGCUUGCCAAAUAUCGUUCACAAUUGCUUGAGCCGUCAAAGAAAGGUGGUGACAAAGGAGAGGGUUUUGAUGUCUUAAAGUCAGGCGAUGCUCGUGUAGCACUCAUUGGCUUUCCAUCUGUGGGAAAAUCAACACUACUGUCCACUCUGACCCAUACUCAUUCGGAAGCAGCUAGUUAUGAGUUCACAACACUGACCUGUAUUCCUGGUGUUAUUGAAUAUAGAGGGGCCAAUAUACAGUUGCUAGAUUUACCAGGUAUCAUUGAGGGUGCAGCACAAGGCAAGGGUAGAGGUAGACAGGUUAUUGCUGUGGCUAGGACAGCAGAUUUGGUACUGAUGAUGUUAGAUGCCACUAAGCCCUAUGUGCAUCGUCAACUGCUGGAACGGGAGUUAGAAAGUGUUGGUAUUCGUCUCAACAAAGCAAAACCGAAUAUUUAUUUUAAGGUUAAGAAAGGUGGUGGUUUAUCCUUCAACUCUACGUGCCAACUCACUAAAGUUGAUGAAAAACUGGUGCAAAUGAUUCUUCAUGAAUAUAAAAUAUUUAAUGCUGAGGUGCUGUUUCGUGAGGACUGCUCCGCGGACGACUUGAUCGAUGUGAUUCUGGCCAAUCGCGUGUACCUGCCCUGCAUAUAUGUGUACAACAAGAUCGACCAGAUCUCCAUACAGGAGGUGGACAGGAUAGCCCGCGAGCCGCAUUCCGUCGUCGUUAGCUGCAACAUGAAGCUCAACCUUGACUAUCUGCUGGAAAUACUGUGGGAGUACCUUUCGCUCAUCCGCGUGUACACCAAGAAGCCCGGGCAGCCGCCAGAUUUUGAUGAGGGGCUCAUCUUAAGAAAGGGCGUUAGCAUCGAGCACGUGUGCCACUCCAUCCAUCGGUCGCUGGCGGCGCAGCUGAAGUACGCCCUGGUGUGGGGCACCAGCACCAAAUACUCGCCGCAGCGAGUGGGCGUGGCCCACGUGGUAAACGACGAGGAUGUGGUGCAGCUGAUCAAGAAG